CAGUCCCCAGUCACUCAUAUAAAGGAGCCCUGGGAGGGGAGGAUUCACAUUGCUCUUCAGCACCAGGGUUCUGGACAGCGCCCCGAGCGGGCUGCUGUUCUCAAGCUCCUUUCUCAAUCUCCACCAGCGCAGCUGCUACCCCUCUAGUCCCCCCUGCUGCAGAGAAAGAAAAUUACAUCGGGAUCCAUGCAGCCGGCAAUGAUGAUGUUUUCCAGUAAAUACUGGGCAAGGAGAGGGUUUUCCCUGGAUUCAGCGGUGCCCGAAGAGCAUCAGCUACUUGGCAGCUUAACACUAAAUAAAGCAAACUCUGGCAAACAUGAUGAUAAGAAAGGCAACAAGGGAAGCAGCAAAAGUGAAACUGCUACUGAAAGUGGCAAGACGGCGGUUGUAUUCUCUUUGAAAAAUGAAGUUGGUGGAUUGGUCAAAGCGCUGAAACUCUUUCAGGAAAAACGUGUCAACAUGGUUCAUAUUGAGUCCAGGAAAUCCCGGCGGAGAAGUUCCGAGGUGGAGAUCUUUGUGGACUUCGAGUGUGGCAAAACAGAAUUCAAUGAGCUCAUUCAGUCGCUGAAAUUUCAGACUACAAUCCUGACGCUGAAUCCGCCCGAGAACAUUUGGACAGAGGAAGAAGAGCUAGAGGAUGUGCCCUGGUUCCCCCGGAAGAUCUCUGAAUUAGACAAAUGCUCGCACAGAGUGCUCAUGUAUGGUUCUGAGCUCGAUGCUGAUCACCCAGGAUUUAAGGACAAUGUCUAUCGACAGAGAAGAAAGUAUUUUGUGGAUGUGGCCAUGAGUUAUAAAUACGGCCAGCCCAUCCCCAGGGUGGAGUACACGGAGGAAGAAACGAAAACUUGGGGCGUUGUAUUCCGGGAGCUCUCCAAACUCUAUCCCACCCACGCCUGCCGGGAGUAUUUGAAAAACUUCCCUCUGCUGACUAAAUACUGUGGCUACAGGGAGGACAACGUGCCUCAGCUUGAGGAUGUCUCCGUGUUUCUGAAAGAAAGAUCUGGCUUCACCGUGAGGCCGGUGGCUGGAUACCUGAGUCCGAGAGACUUCCUGGCGGGACUGGCCUAUAGGGUGUUCCACUGCACCCAGUACAUCCGGCACGGCUCGGACCCCCUCUACACCCCGGAACCAGACACGUGUCAUGAACUUCUGGGACAUGUUCCACUACUAGCGGACCCCAAGUUUGCUCAAUUUUCACAAGAAAUAGGCCUGGCGUCUCUGGGAGCAUCAGAUGAAGAUGUUCAGAAACUAGCCACGUGCUAUUUCUUUACAAUUGAGUUUGGCCUUUGCAAGCAAGAAGGGCAACUGCGGGCAUAUGGAGCAGGACUGCUUUCUUCCAUUGGAGAAUUAAAGCACGCUCUUUCUGACAAGGCUUGUGUGAAAGCCUUUGACCCGAAGACAACGUGCCUACAGGAGUGCCUUAUCACCACCUUCCAGGAGGCCUACUUUGUUUCUGAGAGUUUUGAAGAAGCCAAAGAAAAGAUGAGGGAUUUUGCAAAGUCAAUUACCCGUCCCUUCUCAGUAUACUUCAAUCCCUACACACAGAGUGUUGAGAUUCUGAAAGACACCAGAAGUAUUGAGAACGUGGUGCAGGAUCUCCGCAGCGAUUUGAACACCGUGUGUGAUGCCUUGAACAAAAUGAACCAGUACCUGGGGAUUUGAUGCCCAGGACCAGUGUUGUUGCCAGCAUGAUCUUUUGGGUCUCAGCAGUCAAUGUCAUAUAACACCAAUAGCUUUCUGUGCCAUGGCUUGGCUAGUAGGCAUGCAAUUAUGUAUAUCUCUACCUGCUUGUAACUUACUGUGCUAAUGUGUGGAACACCAUUAAGAACCCAGUGACAGGUAACCACUCAUUGUAUGAAAGAUUGUAAUAUGUUUAAAUAUCUUUAAUCAAGUUGACAUCCCUGCUUGGUGUCUUUAACCAAACUGCAUCUAUAUAAACUUUGUAGCAAAUAGCCCUUUAUGAUUCUAGGUUUUGACCUUUUCUUUCUCAGAUCUGAGUCUUUCCUCUGUGUUCAUUAGAUAAAAUGAAAAUAGCAGCGAACCUAUUUCUACUUUCCAUAGAGUCAGUACUUCCACAGCAUUACUUGAGAUGAACGCAGAAUUGUAUUAAACUUCCCGUCACAUUAACAAGGAUUCAAUAUUCUGUUUCAAAAAUUGUUGAGGUAACACACCAGUUGGAGUGACUUGUAGGUUGAGUAUUUAUACAAUGGAAGGAAAGAAAGCUUUUUAGAAAUGGGAUAGACAGGUUGCACUGACCUUGUAGAAACGGGGUUGUGGCAUGCUUCCCAAAGCAUUUCGGAAGGAAACACUUCCAGAAAGGACACUAGGAAAGACUAAACAAUGGGUAAUAAAUCUUGGGACUAUUAAUUUUAUGCUGGAAUAAAGUGAAUUAUCAUGCUUAGGUGUUUAACCCAUUUCUUUUAGAGGGCAAUAAAAUCAGAGAGCUUUGCUUUCAAAGAUGUGGAAAUUGAAUCUCAGAGAGGUUAAGUGAUUUGGUUGAAGUAGCAUAGUUAGUUGUGCACCAACGUUUAUAGCCCAUUGCAUAUUGCUUUUGAAUUGCUAAGAAGCUUACCUUGGUGUAUGCAUGUAUUUAUGUGUAGUCAGAGAAGGGAAACUAAUGCUUAUCAAAACUAAUGUUCAUCACUAAAUUGGGAUUGGUUUGAGAUUUAUUGCCAACAGUACAGAUGUUUCCUCUCACAGGCCCACACCAAGCCAGAUCUCUGGGAGUCUGUCUAUGUGCCCAAAGUUUGGGCACAUUCGGACAAAAAAUAGUGAUAACACCACAAAUCUCUGGUCAUGCUUGCCAUAAGAGGUGUAAUCAGUGAUAAGAGGUGAUUAAGUGAAAAAAUAAAAAAACCCCUGCGGAA